AUGUCAUUUGACAACAACAACAACAAUCAGAAUAAUAGUCAAGAUGGCUAUGAUUCAUAUAACUCAUAUGGAAGAGAUGAAUAUUAUCUGAAUAACUAUCGAGGUGGAGGAUAUAGAGGUCAUGGUCGUGGUAAUGGAGGUUCAUAUAGAGGUCAAAGAGGAGGAGGAAAUAAUGGAUAUUAUAAUAAUAAUAGUUAUAGAGGAGGUAGUGGAAAUGGAUAUUAUGGACAUAAACAUGGAGGAUAUGGAGGUGGUGGAUAUUAUAACCAUCAUGGUGGUAGAGGUGGAAGAUCAUAUUCUGGAUAUCGUGACCAAGGAUAUUAUGGAAAUAAUUCAUCUGGAUAUGAUAAUAACACCACUACUACUAAUAAUAAUAAUAACAAUCUAGAGAAUGAAUCAUCUAAUGGUCAACAACAACAACAAGGGGAAGAAAAUAUGAAUAACUCGCGACCUGGUUCAUCUGGAUUUCAUCGUGGAUCUUUUCGAGGUGGUAAUUUCCGAGGAAGUUAUAGAGGUGGAAGAGGUGGUAGUUUAAAUGGAUCAAAUAGAUCAUUUAAAGAUCAAAUGAUGAUGAUGCAAGAUAAUAAAAUCAAAAAUUUUAAUAAUCCAUGGAUAAAUAUUUUACAAAUUGAUGAUGAAACCACUCAAAAUAAAUUGGAAACCAAUUAUGAUGAAUUAAGAAAAAUCGAUUCAAGUAUAAGUGAUUUACAGAAAUCUAAAUUAAAAUUGGAAUUGUCAAUGUCUGUUCUUGAAAAACAAAUUGAUAGAGAAAGUUUACAUGUUGAAUUAACAAAUGAAAAACUAGAAGAGUUUACUUAUUUAUAA